AUGCCUCUGAAUUCAUCCGGCGCAUUGCUUCUGGGCCUCAAUGAACGCCAAAACGUCCACUUGCAGUCACUCCUAUUACAAAUAACGAUCAUGGCAUCGAAUCCUCUUACACAAGACUCCAGCAUAGCUGACAAAUUACUACUGCCAGACUCCUGGGAUUCACACCUCCAUGUAAUCGACGCAGGUACAACUAUCCUGUUAGGAAUCACGCUGUAUCUGCUGACCAUAGCUAUAGGACACGCUAUUUCUGAAGGCAGGAUCGGGAACACUGUCCAUGUUUGCAUUGUAACUGCAUCAAUGUGCGGAGCGGAUAAAAGUAUCAUCCUUGAUACGCUCUCAAAGCUCAAAGGUCGCAGCAGUGCCGUCGUCACCAUCGAUCCGAGAACAGUCGCCGACAUCGAGCUCGAUAACAUGCACAGACAUAGCGUUCGAAGAAUCCGCAUAAACCUGAAGAUUAUCAAUGCCAACCCAACGAAGCAAGACAGCCCGACUAUUUGCACACUCUGA